UUCGUCACCUUCAGCCCACAAAAUACGGCACCAGCAGGCACCUCCACCACAAACGCAUCAUGAGGACACCUUCACCACCAACGUCGACGUAUUACAGCCCCACAGCUGAGCAGCACCAAUGAAGAAACCACCUGCGGCCACCACCACCUCUUCCAAACGCAUCCACAAUCAUAUCUGAACCAGCAGAAUCGAUUGUUAUGGGGGAGAAUGGUUCUCACCUCCCAUUCUCGCACAGGCACAGUAUAACAAGGGGCAUUUUGUAAUUUUACUCUUCAUCCCCUCAAAUCUUCUCGAUUAAGAGAGGAUCAUUCUCACCCUCCCUCUCACAAAUCUACGCCUGCAAUUUCCCCAAAUCAUUUCUCACUCCCCCUAACAUUAUACCUUCCUUCUGCAUAUCCUCUCUGUGUGCUCACACCAUGUCCAAGAAGAACCUCUGCAAGCCCUUUUAUUUUCUUUUGCGGCGCUCUUUAACUUCAUUUCCGCAGCACUUCACUUCCAAUUUUCCUCCUCACAUUAAACUCUCUCUUCUUCAUCAUGCAUCACCUCACCAUCCUCCUCCUCGCGCUCCCACCUUCGAUUUCAACUGUUCUCCCGGGUUUUCCUNNAAAACUUUAUGCUCUAAAUCUNCCGUGGAAAUCCAAAGUGGGUGCUGGAAUUGCCAUGCUGCCCCUCAUUCCGCNCCUUUCCUCGUAUGCGACUCGUGNCGGUGCAUUCAACCCGUCGAUGGUUCCACCGACUAUUUUGAGAUAUUUGGGGUGGAGAGGAAGUAUGAUCAAGAAGGUGAGAAUUUGGAGGUCAAGUACAAAGAGUGGCAAAAGAAGCUGCAUCCUGAUUUAGUACAUUCAAAAUCUCAGAAAGAAAGGGAUUUUGCUGCUGAACAAUCUGCAAGGGUGAUUGAUGCGUACCGUACACUUAGCAAGCCUUUGUCAAGAGGAAUUUACUUGCUGAAGCUUAAUGGAGUAGAAAUUGAUGAAGAGCAGACAAUAUCAGAUCCAGAACUACUGACAGAGAUUCUUGAAAUCAGGGAAGCAGUUGAAGAAGCUACAAAUGGGGAUGCUUUGAAUCGCAUUCUGUCCCAGAUGCAGGAGAAGCUGCAAAAUUGCUCUAAUACCUUAGGUCAUGCUUUUCAAAACCAGAAUUUUGAGGAAGCAAAAUUGGCAAUCAGGAGAAUGACUUACUAUAGUCGUGUAAUUGAUGAAGUCAUAAAGAAGCUUUGAUAUAGGCAAAAGCAAUUGCUCAGACGUGACAUGGUGAUGGAAGUUAUUGGUUUUCAGUAAGAAAAUAGGAUCUGAAGCAAAAGCUUUUGCUUUUAUGUAAAUAUAUUAUAUGCAGGGAACUGUAGGAAGUAAGUGUUUAAGGAAUAAACCAAAGGAGAAAGUGUUAUGAGAUUUCUCCAAUCUUGGGUAUAUUACCAUUUAUGUUCAUAAUAUGUCCUUGAAAUUACUUUUUGGAGUCAAGGGAAAAAUAGAUAUCAAGAUGGCAACCUGAAUUCUUGGUGUUUCUGCUACUUUAAGCUAAAAGCUUUGUUUUGAAAUUCACGUUGGUGAAAACUUCAAGCUAUCAUCCUGUUAUGAAUUUAAAGUAAAAUCUGGUGAUUGUUGUUCUGAA